CGCCGUCGGCGUCCUCCGCAGAGGGCGACCUAGGCCGCCGGCCGGGGACGCGGACGCAGCCGGGCAGCGACCGAGGGCCGAGGCCGCCGCCUGCCGCAGCCAUGCCGGACGGCUGGGACAAGGACGUGUACCCCGAGCCUCCGCGCCGCACGCCGGCGCCGGCGCCGCAGACCUCGCUCCCCAACCCCAUCACCUACUUGACGAAGGCCUUCGACCUCCUCGUGGACCGGCCGGUGACCCUCGUGAGAGGCGAGAAAGCAUGUAUCAAGCCCGUCGGAGGCACCGGGACUGAGGCUGGUCUCCCUGCAGAGUUCAUAGAGCGGCAGCAUGCCAAGAACAGGUCUCACUACUACCACCGUGAGUUCCGCCGCGUGCCCGACAUCACCGAGUGCGAGGAGAAGGACGUCUUGUGCAUGUUUGAAGCCGAAAUGCAGUGGAGGAGGGACUACAAAGUGGAUCAAGAAAUAGUCAACAUCAUUCAGGAGAGGCUUAAGGCCUGCCAGCAGAGGGAAGGGGAAAGCCACAGGCAGAACUGUGCCAAGGAGCUGGAGCAGUUCGGCCAGGUGUCCAAGGCCUUCCAGGACCGCUACCACGAUCUGGGGGCCCACUAUUCUGCCAGGAAGUGCCUGGCCAAACAGAAGCAGAGGAUGCUGGCGGAGAGAAAAGCUGCCACGGAGGCUGCAGCUGCCUGAGGCUGGGUGUCAGCCCUUGUGACCCCAUUCCCACAAUAAAACGCCUGUUGCUCCUA